UUUUAUAUAAAGUUAAACAACCAUCGAUUUUAAAAUCACCAUGGACAUCUUUAGAUAAUCUACAACAUAAACUGUCAAAAAUUGUUGAUGGACAUUGGACAUGUUAUUUUACUGUCAUGCAGUGUGAAACAUAAAUAAAGCAUAUUAGUUUUUGUAAAAAUCAUGACUUAAUACUCAGGCCUAAACUGUUAAUAUGAAAUAAUAAAUUUAAUAAAAUAACUGCCACUUACAUAUUUGUUUUAAUUAAUGACAUUAUGGAUGGUUUAAUUCACGCGGCAUUGGAAGCUGAGGUAAUACUUAACCGGGCGAAACAUGUGAACUCAAACUUAUCACAAUUUAACAGUGGUGUCCCAGACCACAAAAUGACUUGGACCCAUGAUAAGAUGCACCUUGCUGAAUCUGUUGAUGAGUCUAGAAUGAAAUUUCAACGAAAUUCGUCCGGCUCCGCUUCCAAAACGACAGAGAAGUUUAAUUUGUUUAAACAACUUCAUGAACUGUACAACGAGUUAAGUAGAGAUGAGACGUUACAGGUGAACUACCAAGGCCUGAAAACAACAUCAUAUCUAUUGGAAAAGUUAUUAGCAAUAUAUAAUCUUAACACUUUAAUUAUAAAUCUGUAUCCUGGAAAUAAAGGAUAUUCUUUAUCAUUAAAAGUUAAUGGCAACUCACAAUAUUUACAUCCACCGGAUGGACAUUCAUCUGCAAAUCAAGAGGAGACAUUAAUUGAGACUCCUCGGUGGCCAUAUGAGGAGGAGGAGUUACUGAGUUACAUAGACAAUGAAGAACUGCCCGUAGUGUUGCUAGACUUGUUGGAGACGGAGCACUCAUGUUUGUUCUACUCCGGUUGCAUAAUAGCACAAAUCCGAGACUACAGACAGGCAUAUCCAAGUUUCCUCUGUGAUACUCACCAUGUACUCUUAAGGCCCACCAAUCAGAGCAUAAUAACGGACGCGAUGUGCAUCGGUGGCCGGUGUGGCUGGGCCGGCGAGGAACGCGGGGCCCUAGAAGCAGUGGAAGCGGCGCUAGUUCACGCGGCCGCGCCGCCCCUGUGCCUCGACCCGCGCCCUGCUGUAGGUUUGCUAGCUGCCAGGCUCCAUGCUGCCCCCAGGCUGUUUAACACGCCACGAAUUAGGCGGCAAGCCAAGAGAUUCUCACAGGUGGCUGUGAAUCGCAAAAGGAAAUUGGAUCAGUUCACACAUUAUCACGGUUUAGAGAUAUUAGACUUAAUACAUCGCCAGAGAGCGAAAAAUAGUAGACAAUCUGUGCCACUCACACGACUCACAUCUAAGUAUCCGAAAAAACCACCAGAGGUGUUCAAACCCAUCGAGCCACCAAAAAUGGAUCCGUUAUCUCUCGCCGUACCCUCAGAGCCGGGCGGUCCAUUGCGUCUAGCACGAGCAUACGAAAGACCGCGUCCAACUCCCGACUGUCAACCACAAUUGGUUGAAGAGUACAUUCUAGAAACUGAGAAGACUUCGCCCCACGCUGGCGCUGGUUUCUUCCACAUUAAGCUGUCUAUACUGCAGAGGCCGUCCGACCAAGAAUUUCUUGGAGAACUCUAUGUGGACCGCGAUCAUGUUGAGGGAGAGAGGAAUGGUGCUGCGUGUCGGUUUACUUUAGGGUCAAGACUUCAAGCCAAUAAAUACAUACAACAGUUUACGGAGAUAUUCACUGAAGAGGGUCGCAAGUCUGUUAGGAUAAGACACAUAGUGCCUGGACAGCUACCGAGAGUGUCUUUCACAGGAGGAAUGAGAGAAUUGGGUCAACAACUGUUACUACAGCAACGUUCAGCCGCUGCGAGCGUCGCGACCGUCCAGACUCACGCCACCACAGUGCCUGUUGUAACUUCAACGAUACAAGCGACAACAAAUACUCACACGAAUGCUCGUCAGCUACCCAUACUUCAGGCGCAGUUACAACAAGUGGGUAGCGUGGCAGCGGUAGGCAAUGUCGUAGGCAACGUCGGCAACGUUGUAGGGAAUGUGUCCAACGUAGUGGGCAAUGUGACCGCCACCGCCGACACUGCGCUAAAGCAGCAACCCUCCCCCACCACACCCCGGCUCUCGCCUCAGGUGCGUAUAUGUGGGGGCAAUGUGGUCGGAAGCGUGGGCAACAUCGUGGGCAACGUGGGCACGGUCGUGGGCAACGUGGUAGGCAACGUCAUCUCUACUACUGACACCGCGAUAAAGGAACAGCCGUCUUUAGCAGCGCCGUUGCUAUCGCCGCAGGCGUCAACAAACCAGUUGUUAGCACAGCAACUGACGAACCCACCGCAACCGCUAAAUCCUCAGAAGAUGCAGUCAGCUAUCAUACAUAUACAGCAUCCGCUUAUGUCAACUGCUGGAACGUCGCAGGUACAAAAUAUCCAAUACACGAACACAACGACGACUCAGCAGAAAGCGAGCAUCCCAAAGACGAGAACAACGAACCCCGCCAUCAGCGCGCUUGUCACUAGUCUCAUGAACUCCGCGCAACAGUUCCAACAAGCGGCCAGCCAGAACGCGGCGAAAUCGGCAGUGAGUACGGCCAGUAGCAACGCCACCAUCUUGAACCUACUGAACAGUGCCCCGGCCGCCAUGACACAUGCCACCUCAAGCGCUGACAACACUAUUGACGCUCACAAAUUGUUGGGAAGAGUGUCAAUAGCUGGCGCUAGGAUCAUCACGGCUACCACCGCAUCACAUACACUGCCUACUUAUACGCAACAGGGAGUUGGUGUUCAAGUAAUGAGCGGUUACUCCAGAGAGAACGAUGCGACGAACGUGUCGAGUAGUGAAAGCGCUUUAUUAGAGCGGUUGAUGGGACCCGAUACUUCAGCCGCGCCUGCCUCGCAAGCGCAACCCGUGUGCCAUUUGCAGGGCUUAAGUUUAGCAUCACUACAAGGCCUCCAAGGCAUUCAAGGUCUACAAAAUGUACAAGUGCAGAUUCCGGGCUUGUCUGCGCCGAUAUCGUUGUCGCUCAACGUGUCGGGAGCACCCAGCGGGCUGUUGGUGUCGGUACCUCCAACCACCUCAGUUGUGCUCACGAAUCAACCUUCGGUGCUCUCUUUACCUAUAGCGCAGCUGAUGUCCGGCGGCGUGAAGGGCGCAGCACGAGGCGCCGGGGUGCAGGUGGUGCGCAGCGCCCGCGCCGCGCGCCCCGCCGCCCGCGCGCCCCGCCCCGCGGCGCCCGCGCCGCCCGCCAUGCCUGCGCCCUCUGCACUCGCUGCCACUCCAGCAGGUACGACUCAGUUCAUAAGCCAGGCGCAGGCGCAGGCGCUGAGUGCGCAGCAAGUGCGGCGGAAAUCCAACGCGGACAGCUCGUAGUGACGUCACACCUCCCUAGUGAAAUGUACUGUAAAUAUUAACCCUAGCUAAAUUAUUGUAACGUUAGUGACGUAGUGACCAGUGCCGUGCGAAUACACGCUGUGAUCCACAUACGUACCCGGCGGCCAUCUUUAAACACCGAUAUUCGAGAAAUAGACUUAGAUAUGUGCGUGUAUGCAAUGGAACUAUGGUUGUUUUAAUGAUAUGUCGUGCAGUUGUUAUUACUCCUGUUAGCUAUAAUAUUAAGUUACGGUCCGUCAACACCGUUAAUGUUUUCUAAUACAUAACUAGUUUCAAUAUAAAAUGUAUUUAAGUGGUAUCCUCAAUGUUGCUAUAUCCAAUACAAUAAUGUCUGAUACAACGACUGAAUUUUAUAACGUAGCAAUGUUACUUCAUGCAAUGUAUGCCUAUAGAUAGCUAUUAUUAAAUUUAUCAGUUUUCAUCACACUACAUGUAAAUGGUCUACAAUAAUUAUUGCAACUAUUUAUUUUGAAUCAUGUCUUUGACAUAUUUAUUUUGUUCGAAUUAUUUAUCACAUACUAUUUUCAAUCAUGUAUUUUUAUUAUUUAAAAGUCACAAAUUAUAAUAUUAUGUAUGAAAUUUAAUUUUUAUUGCAACAUUGAAAGUGAUUGGAUCAUGACAUGAAUUGUGAGUAAAGUUUAAAGUGUUACUACUACAUAGUAAAAUAAGAAUGUUGAUCAAUCCGGAUAUUAUUAUCGUAAUAAAGUUUUUAUUUGUCGUUGGUGUUAUGGUAACAUCUGUAUAUAAAUGUUGUUAGAUAAUUUGUUAGAGAAACAAAUUUAGAGCAGCACAUGGGAUGAUACAAUAUACAGUAAAAUAAAUUGAUUAGGUGUGACGAUUAGACUAACAGCCACUUGGUAGUAAAUUUGCGUAAAUCAGUAUUAAUAAGAAUAAAAUCACUGUUCGCAUGACAACCUAGUACUGACGUUUUCGGAACAUUAUGAAGUACAACACUUAGCAGUGAUUCAUGAAUCUGUGUUAGAUAAGUUGUAAAUAUGUAUUAUAUACUUAGUUUCGUGUAAGCAUCACAGCUAUCCAUAGUUGGAGUGUAAGAAUGUUGAAUUUAUGUUUUCAGUAUGUUAGUGUAAUAUAACUUGUGAAUAGUAAUGGAUUUGUUUCGUAUGUUUAUAGUAAUCGUUUUCGGGUUUCAUAGAUUUCAGAUUAGGGAUCCGUUGGACGUAUUUAUUUGUAAUCCUGAAAUAAUAUUUUAUUUCAAAAUUAAGGAAUGAAUGGACUUACGAAUGUUAAGCUUUCUUUUAUUUUAUUGGGCUUAGAUAAGAACGGAAUUAUAUUUUUUAAUUGCAUUGACCUAUUUACAAAUCAUUGACGUUGUGUUUUGGACCUAUAUGAGCUUUGAAAUCUGAAUGAAGAUCUAAAUACGUAAUAUAUUUUUAAUCUUUUGUUGCUGAUCUUUGGCCAUUUAUUUUUGAAUAUUACUGAAAUCUAUGAAACCCUUUAACGUUGCAAUUAACAAAUAAAAUUUAACAAUGCAAUGUGUAGAUAUAUAAUUUAGCUAAUAGUUUUGGUACCUAUCUUGCACAUAAGAGAUUACCGGUACAUAAUCUCCUUCCAAGUGUUUUCCUUAACACAGAAGUUGUUUUUUAAGGAACUAACAAAUGGCUUUAUUGUCUAUUAAUAUGGCCUGCCACAGUGACUUCACUAAAGAAAUGGCCAGUUUCUUGUUUCAGAGAUUAACAGUACAAGAUGUUGGUAAUUGUUGAAGAUGUCUUGGUAUCUGCCCACUACACUUACUAGAUCGCUUGAAUAUACGUCAUUAAUGAUAUUAGGUCAGUGUGUACAUAAUAUAGUAACGUAGAAAUUUACAAAUUUGAAAUGUGUGGCUUCAAUUACUAAAUUACAAUAUUUGGAGUUGAUGUGGAGUUAGCUGUGCUUUAGAUACUCUACAGUGCACUGGGCAGCUAUCAAAGUUAUAGAAUGUUUUGUGCAUGUCUUCGCCACUACUUUAAAUAAAGCAAUGAACGAACAAAACUAUGUUCCCUUGUGAACUCGUCCCAUUAGUCGUUCUACUGCGUUACGAUUACUAGUUAUUGUUACAUUUGCACACGCACAAUCAUUAUGUUUAUGUAUACUAUACUAUAUUGAAUAUAAUGUUACCUGCCGAAAGAUUGCAAUAGGCAUACCAUUUCAUAUAUUUUAUUGUGUACAGUUUUUAUGUACUCGUACGUAGCGGUGUCGCUGUAUUUACUAUUUAUUUUAGUUAACGAGAUGUGUUCAUAUUGGCAUUCUAUGACAUGCCUAGAUAAGAGAACUAUUUUGUUUUGUAGAUAUUUGUAUUGCCUAGGUGUAUGAUAGAUUGCGUGGACAUAUUUUGCUAUUAACACAAAUAUUGCAUAAGUCGAGGUGUAGAUGAAUAACUGUGCGUUUUGUUGAUCUCAUUUGUUUACGGACAUGUAGCUCAAUAUGUAGGCGAUUGUAACAUAAAGUUUAUUUGAACAUGCGAAUGUACCUAUACUUUAAGAAAUAAUAAAUAAUUAUUGUAUAUAUUUUCGAAAGGAGAUUUUUAUAAAUAAAACAAUAUUACUCAGUUCGAGGUUGUAUGAAGUUUUCAGUGUCAACUAGGUCGAUUAAACAGCAUUGUAAAUAUUAUAUUAUUUUAGAUGACAUGUGAUAAUGCAUUCAGACGUUUAUAACAUAAAUAGUGUACAAUAAAAUUUUUAUGAUUGCGUUGACAUGGAUUUUGUGUAUAAAAUUGAUAUUGUAAAAAUUAACUUGAAUACGUUGUUCAAAGAUUGACGGUUCGAACAUAAAUAAAUAACUUUUACACAAAA